AGCUGGGAAAUAGCUCAGAACUGAACUCCCUCUGCCAGAAGCCACAAGCUCUGGCCAAAGUGUCUUCGACGCGGAGAAUCUAACACCCUUCGAGGAUCGAAGUGGAUGAUUCGAGCGUAUAUGGAACAUCGUCAUCACCGUUAUCACCAUGCAUUCCGUCAGAGCCUGCCCUGUUCGCUGCCUGAAUUUUCUCAAGCUUCUUGCCGCAAAUCAUUGCAUAGGCACGAGGCCUUCGCUUUCUUCCCCAGCGAAAGUGUUCCUCCGAAGGUACACGAAUAAUAGGAUCUUGAUUCCCAGAGCUCUGAAUUCACUUCCGACCUCGACCCAAGAUCCCGACAUCCGUGACUGCAACGUAAUGAUCAAGACACUGGGUCGUUGUGGCAAAGUCGAGGAAGCGAGGAAGGUGUUCGAUGAUAUGCCUCGGCAGGAUGCUUUCUCUUAUUCGUCCAUGAUCAAGGCAUACCUCGAGGACAAUGAUCUUCCCAAGGCUGAGCAGCUCUUCUGGGAAAUGCCCGGGAGAAAUGUGGGAGUCGAUUCAGCGAUGAUAGGUGGGUAUGCGAAGGCUGGCCGUAUGGGUGAUGCCCAGAAGGUCUUCGACGAAAUGACAGAGCGGAAUGUGUACUCAUGGACUAGUUUGGUUUCUGGGUACUUUAGGAGCGGGCAGGUUGACAAGGGUCUUGCACUUUUCGAACAAAUGCCGGACAAGAAUGUGGUUUCUUGGACUACUGUUGUCCAAGGUUAUGCUUGCAAUAGUUUGAUAGAUCGAGCUCGUAAAACUUUCGAUCUGAUGCCUGAGAAGAACAUUGUUGCUUGGACAGUGAUGAUCAAGUCUUACAUUGAGAAUGGUCGAUUAGAUGAUGCAGAGCAGCUCUUCAAGAUAAUGCCGCAGAAGAAUACUUAUUCUUGGAAUGUCAUGAUUCAUGGUUUGAUGGAUGGCAAUAGGGUAACUGAAGCCAUUCAGAUGUUUAAUAUGAUGCCUCAAAGAAAUGAAGUUUCUUGGACUAUUAUGGUUACUGGUCUAGCACGGAAUGGAAUGACUAAAAAUGCACGUGAAUAUUUCGAGAAGAUGCCUAAUAAAGAUAUCACUUCAUGGAAUGCUAUGGUCACAGCAUACGUUGAUGAAGGGCUUAUGGUUGAAGCUAAUGAAAUUUUCAGCUCAAUGCCGCGAAGGAAUAUAGUCACCUGGAAUGCCAUUAUUGAUGGUUACGCAAGACAUGGCCCAGAAGGUGAAGCCUUACGCCUCCUCAUUCACAUGCGGCGAUCUGGAUUUAGGCCAAAUGAGAUGACUAUCACUAGUGCCUUAACCUCGUGCGAAGGCACAUUAGAAGUCAUGCAAGCUCAUGCACUAAUUAUACCUCUUGGGUUUGAGCUUGAUAUGCCACUUGCCAACGCCCUUAUUACCAUGUAUUCACGAAAUGGGGAUCUUUUCUCUGCUAGGCUAGUCUUCGAGAAUCUCAAGUGUAAGGAUGUUGUCUCAUGGACUGCGAUGAUAUUAUCUUAUGCAAAUCAUGGACAUGGUCACCAUGCAUUGCAUGUGUUUGCACGCAUGCUGAGGGCAGGAGCCACACCAGAUAAUAUCACAUUUGUAGGGGUUUUGUCAGCUUGUAGUCAUGCUGGCAUGGUCAAGAAAGGUCGGAUGCUUUUUGACUCGAUGGUUGCUGCAUAUGCUUUAGAACCAAAAGCAGAGCAUUACUGUUGCCUUGUGGAUAUGCUUGGUCGGGCAGGACAAGUAGAAGAGGCUUUGGAGGUUUUCAGUAAAAUGCCUCUGUCGGAACAAGAUGGUGCUGUCUUGGGCGCACUUCUUGGCGCUUGCAGGUUUCAGGGAUAUGAUAGUCUAGCAAAUCUCCUUGGGGAGAAGCUAAUAGAGCUAGAGCCUGCUGCCGCGGGGCCUUAUGUGCUAUCGGCUAAUGUUUUUGCUGCAAGUGGCAAGUGGAGCGAAUUCGCACGAGUGAGGAAGAAAAUGAAGGAACAGAACGUGAGGAAAGUUCCGGGCUUCAGUCAAAUAGAAGUAAAUGGGAAAAGUCACGUUUUCUUUGCCGGGGACAGAUCACAUCCAGAGAUGGAGAGAGUCUAUAGAUUGCUCCAGGAGAAGCUUAUGCCCCUACUGCUUGAAAUGGGUUCCACGAAAGAGAAACGACCCAUGACAUGAUGGUAUAGCUCAUAAAGAAUCUCAUACAAGUUAUCAAUGCAUGCAAAUGGGACACGUUCUUUUGGACAGUGUCAGAUUCAGUUCAUUCGUGUUGGCUUUGGAUAUUCUGGAGAGUGAAAGGUUCCUCUGUAUCCAAAUUAUAGUGCUGCCGGGGUUAUGAGCGGGUCAAGCGACGUUAUUCGAACCCUUUGAUUUUUCCAAUCAAAUAUUACUUUACCGAGACCGUGUUCCAAUUCUGCCGUGUUUCUCCAGAAGGCUGGAUUGUUGUUAAUCGUUCCCCCACUUCGGAUGAGCAAAAGAGAGUGAUUUUCUCUGGAGUUUGGUUGGCUGAAGCAGGAUAUGAAAGCGGGGACUAGUCGAGCUAACAGCUAUCAGCUCAAUAUUUGAAUGGCUUCAACAGAUUAACGUUCCUCAAGCCCCGUUCGCCCGCCCAGUAGCCAGCUAAUCAAGAGCUUCGUCCGAACACGAUCGACAUUGUGUUCAUAGUAGCUCGGGAAUCCUGUCCCCAUCGUGUCGGUGGAGUCUUACCCGGUUCACAAGUUUUAUCGGCCCGGGGUUCUCAAAUGGGAGAGACUGAUGAUGUUUCAAGCCAUAAACUAUUCCACUUUGAAGAGCAACCGAAACUACGGUCUAUUCGAAGGGCUUACUUGGUCGGCGCACUUACAAUCAAUGUACCCCAUUCACAACAAAGCAAACAACUCCCAAUAAUGUAGUCCUGAUUGGUCUUCAACUCCAACUGUACCACCACAAGAGAAAGCAACAGUCUUGGGAAAUAAUUCAUAAACAGAUGAACUCUGCCUUUCAUC